AUGAUAUUGCUCAAGGUUCUCUACUCUUGCAUAACAGGGUCACCUGCAAGACUACCCAUGCACAGAUGGGUUUAUCUCAGGCUGGUGAUGGUUUAUAUAUUUGUGAGGUUCACGACAAGUGCACUAAAGAGUGGUACAGGAUCCUCAGACAGCCAGAAAAAGGGCAAAAAACUGGUGCUGAGUAGUUUGGCCCCAAAGGAGCAUCCAGCUGUCAAAUGGACAUGGAAGUGCCUGGUGAUGGAUUUAGUAACCUUGGCGAAAAUUAGUUUCACGAAGUUUGAGUCGUUUUCCUUUACCAUGACACACUGGCAUGUGACCGUGUUAGAGCAAGAUGUUUUUGUAAAAUGGUUUACUGUCAAAAAUGUGAUCGGGGAGCGGAAUCUAAGUUUUACAACAAGGGCAUUGAGCCCUGUCUGGAUGUUGCUUAAUGCCUCAUCAGAAGAGCAAACUGCUAACAUAAAGAACAGCCUGCCACACUCACUCAUGACCAUUGAGUGGGAGGACACCUUUGCCAGCAUCUACUUGAAGGACAACCCGCAGUUGUUGUUCUCUAUAUGUCGCUUUGAGAUCCUCAUCUUGCCCAAGAUUAGGACGAUGGAUGGCAAGCAGUUCUUGUUGAAGACGCUGUAUGGAAUCUCACCAACGAACAGACUUGGUUUCCUCAUUCAUUCUGUCUAUGAAAGGCGCCCCCUAGCGCUCUCGGCUGCAUAUCUGAUCUGCUUCGUUUACCAGCGUGAGAACAGGUCAUGGGAGUUCUAG